ACGGAAUUACAUCACUUCCUAAAACCCAUCAAAGAGAGUCCAUCUCCUGAAGAAAUGCAGCUGAGAUGCACCCCGGCAGGAAGCAGGAAAUGUAGCUGUUCGGGUGCAGCAGGGAGGCAGCCGGAGCGCCCCUGGGCCGGGAGCGCUGCGGGCGCAGCAUGCGGAGCGCUGGGCUCCUCACCCUGCUCUCUGCGCUGUCGCUGGCUGGACGAGCUGCCGGCAAUGGCCCUGAAAAUGAUGGAUCGGGAGAUGGAUCGAUGAUAUUACCCACUUUCAYAACAACACAUCUUCCUGCUACGAGUCCUUCAGCCGUGGAUGACCAUGAGCCAGUACUUGUAACUGCAGGCCCUACUGAAAGCAGCUUUGAAACACAGAGUUCUCCAAGUACUGAACUGAAUGCUGUGAACAAUGAGGACAGCCUAGAAGCACCAGAACAGUCUAUCUUGAUAUAUGUUGUCCCUGUGGCUCUGCUGGUCCUACUGAUUUUGUUAACAGCAUUUUUUGUAAUGCAUCGUAAAAGGAAAAAGUCUAAGCAAGAUGAGCUGGGAAGCGAAAAUGUGAAAAGUCCUAUUUUUGAAGAAGACACRCCCUCUGUUAUGGAGAUAGAAAUGGAAGAGCUUGAUAAAUGGAUGAACAGCAUGAACAAAAAUGGCGACUGUGAAUGUUUGCCUACUGUAAGAGAAGAAGAAAAAGAAUCAAUUGCCAAUCCAAGUGAUGGUGAAUCAUGAAGUCCUCAGAACAGCAAAGAACUGGCUAAAGGGAAGCAGCACACAAACUCAUCAUUCCCCAAUACUGGAAGAACUGGAUUUAAAUAUAGUCAAUCUCAAAAAUCCAGAGAACCAAAUGCUUUUGCUGUAUUCUGCUUUAUAUGGUCUUCAGAAAGGAAACAUCACCAAGGGAAAAGAAGAAGAGAAAAAGAAAAAAUAAAGAAAA